GGGGCUGCAGGUCAGGCGUGGCGGUGUGGCUAGCUGCUGCGGGCGCUAGCCGGCCGCGCUGGCCUCUAGUCCUCAGGGUUUCAUGCGCCGGCUGUCAGCGCCAGGGCGCGGUGGGAACCCAGGAGAGAGUGAGCUCUGGAGAGGCUGUGGCGGGUUGGGCGUUCUUUGCCUAAGGGUCUCCCCUGACACACCCCGUGGGCCUCGUUGGCUCCUCAGGCAGCCGUCUCAGGGUGGCCCCUGGUAGUCUCUGCUAAAACAGGCGCCGCGUGGGCCGGGCGGGACAGGCAGCUGGAGGAUGCCGCGCGCUGGUGGGCUCCGCGCCGGAACUGCAUGGAGGGACCCAGGCGAGCUUCAGCUCGCGCCUGGGCCCCCACCGCCUUGGGCUGUGACUCUGCCUCUUUGGCAGGGAGAAUGUGUGUGUGUCCCGGGCCCAGACGAAUUGGAAUCCCAGUCAGAAGUUCCAGCCUGCCGCUGUUCUCUGAUGCCAUGCCAGCACCAACUCAACUGUUUUUUCCUCUCAUCCGUAAUUGUGAGCUGAGCAGAAUCUAUGGCACUGCAUGUUACUGCCAUCACAAACAUCUCUGCUGUUCAUCACCCUACAUUUCUCAGAGUCGCUUGAGAUACGCACCCCAUCCAGCAUAUGCUACCUUUUGUAGGCCCAAGGAGAACUGGUGGCAGUAUACCCAAGGAAGGAGAUAUGCUUCCACACCACAGAAAUUUUACCUUACACCUCCACAAGUCAACAGCAUCCUUAAGGCCAAUGAGUACAGUUUCAAAGUGCCAGAAUUUGAUGGCAAAAAUGUCAGUUCCAUCCUUGGAUUUGACAGCAAUCAACUACCUGCAAAUGCACCCAUUGAGGACCGGAGAAGUGCAGCAACCUGCUUGCAAACCAGAGGGAUGCUUUUGGGGGUUUUCGACGGCCAUGCAGGUUGUGCUUGUUCACAGGCAGUCAGUGAAAGACUCUUUUAUUAUAUUGCUGUCUCCUUAUUACCCCAUGAGACUUUGCUAGAGAUUGAAAAUGCAGUAGAGAGUGGUCGGGCACUGCUACCCAUCCUCCAGUGGCACAAGCAUCCCAAUGAUUACUUCAGUAAGGAGGCAUCCAAAUUGUACUUCAACAGCUUGAGGACUUACUGGCAAGAGCUUAUAGACCUCAACACUGGCGAGUCAACUGAUAUUGAUGUUAAGGAGGCUUUAAUUAAUGCUUUCAAGAGACUCGAUAAUGACAUCUCUUUGGAGGCUCAAGUUGGUGAUCCUAAUUCUUUCCUCAAUUACUUGGUGCUUCGGGUGGCAUUUUCUGGGGCCACUGCCUGUGUGGCCCAUGUGGAUGGUGUUGACCUUCACGUGGCCAAUACCGGGGAUAGCAGAGCGAUGUUGGGUGUGCAGGAAGAGGAUGGCUCAUGGUCAGCAGUCACACUUUCUAAUGAUCACAAUGCUCAGAAUGAAAGAGAACUUGAGCGGCUGAAAUUAGAACACCCAAAGAAUGAGGCCAAGAGUGUGGUGAAACAAGAUCGGCUGCUUGGCUUGCUGAUGCCUUUUAGGGCUUUUGGAGAUGUAAAGUUCAAAUGGAGCAUUGACCUUCAAAAGAGAGUGAUAGAAUCUGGCCCAGACCAGUUGAAUGACAAUGAAUAUACCAAGUUUAUCCCUCCUAAUUAUCACACACCUCCCUAUCUCACUGCUGAGCCAGAGGUAACUUAUCAUCGAUUAAGGCCACAGGAUAAAUUUCUGGUGUUGGCUACUGAUGGGUUGUGGGAGACUAUGCAUAGGCAGGAUGUGGUUAGGAUUGUGGGUGAGUACUUAACUGGUAUGCAUCACCAACAGCCAAUAGCUGUUGGUGGCUACAAGGUGACUCUGGGACAGAUGCAUGGCCUUUUAACUGAAAGGAGAGCCAAGAUGUCCUCUAUGUUUGAGGAUCAGAAUGCAGCAACCCAUCUCAUUCGCCAUGCUGUCGGCAACAAUGAGUUUGGGACUGUUGAUCAUGAGCGCCUCUCCAAAAUGCUUAGUCUUCCAGAAGAGCUUGCACGGAUGUACAGAGAUGACAUUACAAUCAUUGUAGUUCAGUUUAAUUCUCAUGUUGUAGGGGCAUAUCAAAAUCAGGAAUAGUCAGUGGAUCUGGCAAUUCUGAAAUAAAUAUAAAGGGCAGAUAGAUUUUUUUUUAAAAAAAAAAACAUACUUACAUAAUGAACAUUUCCAAUGGGUCAUUCUAAGCAUUUACCCAUUCGACAGUCUAGGUAGUCACAUGUUCCAAAUUGACUUUGCAGCAGGGUGACGGGAUCAUGAGCAUCUGGUUUGCCUAGCUCAGACCUCACAGCACCUGUACUUGAGGCAAGUCAGUUUUUUAAAGUAGGUGUCUUGAAAUAUUGACUUCUUUUACCAAUCUGAGAAAACUGGGAUCAUCUGACAAAUAUGAUCUUGCAUAGACCCAAAGCAAGGAUCUUGGGUGUAUUCUCUUGGUAAAAGGGAAGAAAUGUUACUGUUCACACCUGUAGAUCCCUUUCUUCACUAAGAUUCUAAUGUACAUGAGAACAUUUAUUUAUUGCAUGAUUUUCUAGGUAUAUAAUCUAUGCAUUAUUCACAUAAAUUUAUUUUAGCCUGAAGUAGUUUUCAGAUCCAGUACUCUAAGCCAUAAAUGACCAUGAACCAAGCAAUCUGAAUUUAUAAAUUUUUGUGAUUAUUAUGAAAGGAGUACUUGUUAACGUGUAAAAACAAACUAUACUCCCUUCCCUACCCCUGAUUUCGUUAAUGUAAUUGAAAUAUUUUCUGUUUUGCCACACACUGGAAGAUGAUAAAGGUUUUCAGGUUUACAUAUUCUUGCAUUGAUUAAAAGUUUUUUAGUUUGUAUUAAUGAAAAGUUGUAUUUAGUUUGAAAUAAAGAUAUCUAGAAUAAAGAGAAGAGACUGAUAUGUUCAAUUAUUAUCAUCUGCAGCCACCAGCACAACAUUCUUAUAUAAUCCCCAAAGGUUUGGCAUGCUUUAAUGUGUGGUGGGUAGACUGCUGCCAGGAAAUCAUACUUCUUAGUAGCAAUAAAUAAUUUUGGAAUUUUAGGGAUGACAUACAUAAAAUAAUUACCAAUUUGGGUAGUAAUGUUUAGUAUAACCAUCCGGUAUUGAGACGGGAGAAAAUUUUUGGUUUUCCCCACUUAGACAUAGGUCAAUUAAAAUAUUUGGUUUAAAAUUGCUAAAGGCUUUAAACAUACUGUAGCUUAAGAUAGUGUUAAGAUAUAUAAAUGAGAAAUUUUUAAAAGGUAACUAUCAUGCAUGCCUGAUGUCAUAGAACACUUAGUAGCAUCGAGUGUUGUUUGCAGCAGUCUCCAUGAUUAUAUGCAGUCCCUUCUAAUACUGUAUCAAAGUGAAUUAAAAUAAAUAUAUUCAAAUUGGCUUUUUGGGAGCUUAUUUUAUAUGCAUCAAAUGACAUUUUGUUCCUGUGUUUAAUGGUGAUCUGUGUACAGCUGUGCAUAUAUUUCCAUCACUUACUGUUAAAAAAAAAAAAAAGGCUAUGGCUGUGUUUGAAAUUCACAUAGAUUUUAAUACAAAACAUGAUCAGCUUUCUGUUGUAUAAUUAGUUGGGUAUUUAGGAGUCCUUUCAGAAUUCUGUAGGAUUGAACUAGAUGUUCAAGGACUCUAUCUGGCCUGUGGAUAAUAAAUCAGUGUAAUAUUGGCUGCAAAAUUUGUUCCAAUUCAAAAUAGACUCAGGAAGAUUGUACCUCAGAACAUUACAUAACGUUUGUUUUCUGAGGUGUUUUUCUGUUUUGUUUUAAUCAGCUUGAACCUUUUUUCUUAGGCAAUAUUUUGGAGGGGAAAAGGCUAUACUGUUUAGUUCUAAAUGCUUCGACAGAGACAAUUUCUUUUAAUGAAAUAUAUAGACCAUGGUAGCAAAACCCAUUUUUAGCUACUGUUUGAAUUCCUUUUGAAUACCACCACUGAAAAGUUCUAUGCUAUUAUAACCUGAAUAAUAUCUCAUCUCUAUAUGGUACAGGUAAAAUAAAUUUGAUUUCCUGUGGUCAUGAUCAGGACAAUAAUUCUUAUUACAUAAGAAGCUUGGUCUAUAGUCUGAAAGCUGGUCUACUUUGGAAAUGAAAAUACAGUAUGGAGUUGACAUUGUGGAAAUGAAAAUAAUUGGGUGUUAAAAAUCUGUGCUGUUGUAAUCGGUUGUCACUAUGAUAUGAUGUCUAGAAUUAAAGUCAGUAAUGUAAACUUUCAUGAUAUGUAGCCUGCCUUAAAUUUAUUUUAACUUUCUAACAUGUAUUUAAUUUCUGUAAUUAUAUUUAAUCAGUGGCUCAUAUCUGUAGUAUACCAUUAACUAGUUUUAAAAAGUUUGGUAUAGUACACAGUACUUGUUAGGAACACUGUUUUAUGGAAGUGUAUCUGUGCAAAGACACAAAACAAUUUAUAUCUAAUAUAAAAAUUGUCAGAUAAAUGCCCACAGUGAAUUAAAGCUUCAUAUCUGCUUUCUGAA